AAGGUUGAAGACAUGGCUGCACUGACCUGCUUGAAUGAGGCCUCAGUGCUACACAACCUCAGGGAGAGGUAUUUCUCAGGUCUCAUUUAUGUAAGUGCACACAGACAUCAAUUUACUCAGUAGAUGAUACUGCUAAUGUCUGUAUUCUUGACAAUAUCUUGGUAACAGAGACGGGCUAGUUGCCACACUUUUUACUCCAGUGAAUAUUUCUCAGGGUAGGUUUAGUUUUGAAAGAUAGGAUAGGCACAUACAUUACUGGUCCUAUAUGAUAUGUAUUGGCUUAAAAAAAAAAAAAAAAAAAAAAAAAAAAAAAGCUGUUAUAUUGGCCAUGAAAAUUAGUAUGCUAGUUUGGUUUUAUGGAAUUUUAGUUUGGAGGACAGAGUUUACAAAAACAUUCUGAUUUUAUAGGCUUUUGAACUAGAUGUUUGUUUUAAACCCACAUACAAAACAUACAUCUUGAUAAAACAAAAAAUUGUGUAAUUGAACUUUUGACUUGAAACCUUAGUUACUGAGAUAUAGCCCUUGUGACUUCUCCAUGUGACAACUAACCCCAGUCUCCCCUAUGUCAAAGUUUGAAAAAAGAAUUAUAUUAGUACCAUAUAUGUAUAAUAGGUAGAACAAGAAUGUUUCUUCUUCCUGAAAUGCAGUACUCAGUAGAUCAAUAUCAAUUUAUUCUUAACUUUACAGACUUACUCAGGCCUCUUUUGUGUGGUGGUAAACCCCUAUAAAAUGUUGCCCAUCUACUCUGAGAAGAUCAUUGAGAUGUACAAGGGGAAGAAGCGUCAUGAGGUCCCUCCUCAUAUCUAUGCCAUCACUGACACUGCCUACAGGAACAUGCUACAAGAUCGUGAGGACCAGUCUGUUCUCUGCACUGGGGAGUCAGGUGCAGGAAAAACUGAAAACACCAAAAAGGUAAUCCAGUACCUCGCUGUUGUGGCAUCAUCACACAAAGGGAAGAGAGACACUGGCUCUGAUAUAAGCUCUUCUGCACUAAACAAGCAACAAAAAGGACCCCAGUUAGCCUUUGGAGAGUUAGAGAAGCAACUCUUGCAGGCUAAUCCCAUUCUGGAGGCAUUUGGGAAUGCAAAAACCAUAAAAAAUGAUAAUUCCUCAAGAUUUGGAAAAUUUGUUAAAAUCAACUUUGACAACACUGGCUACAUCGUUGGAGCAAACAUUGAAACCUACCUCCUGGAAAAGUCUCGAUGUAUUCGACAGGCCAAAAUUGAGAGAUCUUUUCAUAUCUUCUACUACAUGGUGGCUGGAGCCAAAGACAAACUGCGUGAGGAGCUCUUGCUGGAAGACUUUGGUAAUUACCGUUUCCUGGUGGCUGGACAUGUGCAGGUACAAGGCCAGCAGGAUGAUGAGAUGUUUGAUGAGACUCUGGAGGCCAUGGAGGUCCUGGGCUUCAACGAGGAGGAAAGAAUAGGCAUGUUGAAGGUAUGCUCUACUGUGCUGCAACUGGGGAACAUUGAGUUCAAAGCAGAGAAAAACCAGGAGCAGGCCAGCAUGCCAGACAACACAGCUGCGCAGAAAGUAUGCCAUCUGCAAGGGAUUAAUCUGACGGACUUUACAAAAGCCAUUCUCACUCCUCGCAUCAAAGUAGGCAGAGAGAUGGUACAGAAGGCACAAACCAAAGAACAGGCUGACUUUGCUAUCGAAGCUUUAGCCAAGGCAAUGUAUGACCGCCUAUUUCGCUGGAUCCUGGGACGUGUCAACAAGGCUCUGGAUAAGACAAAGCGCCAAGGAGCCUCUUUUCUGGGCAUCUUAGACAUUGCCGGUUUUGAGAUUUUUGAGGAUAACUCAUUUGAACAGCUGUGUAUCAACUACACCAAUGAGAAACUACAACAGCUAUUCAACCACACCAUGUUCAUUCUUGAGCAGGAAGAGUACACGAAAGAGGGCAUCGAGUGGCAUUUCAUUGACUUUGGUCUGGACCUCCUGCCCUGCAUUGAACUCAUUGAGAGACCGAACAAUCCACCUGGUAUCCUAGCUCUGCUAGAUGAGGAGUGCUGGUUUCCAAAAGCAACUGAUGUGUCUUUUGUUGAUAAACUAAUAAACACUCAUUCAAACCACUGCAAAUUCUCCAAGCCCAAGAAUCUAAAGGAGAAGACUUUCUUCACUGUGCAACACUACGCUGGCAAGGUGGAUUAUAAUGCCACAUCUUGGUUGACUAAAAACAUGGAUCCACUCAAUGACAAUGUAACAUCACUGUUGAGUAACUCUUCCAGCACUUUUGUGCAAGACAUCUGGAAAGAUGUGGAUCGUGUGGUUGGUCUCGAAACUAUGGCUAAGAUGGCAAAGUCUGAUAGCUCUGUGCCUACUGCUUCCAAGUCCAAGAAAGGCAUGUUCCGCACUGUGGGACAGCUGUACAAAGAGUCUCUUGGCAAGCUAAUGACCACUCUUCAUAACACUCAACCAAACUUUGUACGCUGCAUCAUCCCCAACCAUGAAAAAAGGGCUGGGAAGAUAGAUGCCCAUCUGGUUCUAGAGCAGCUGAGCUGUAAUGGUGUACUGGAAGGGAUCCGAAUCUGUCGCCAGGGCUUUCCCAAUCGUAUUGUUUUUCACGAAUUUCGCCAACGCUAUGAGAUCCUGGCUGCUGGUGCCAUUUCCAAAGGGUUCAUGGAUGGAAAACAGGCCUGCACACUUAUAAUCAAACAUCUAGAUUUGGACCCCAACCUGUACCGCAUUGGUCUAAGCAAGAUGUUCUUCCGUACAGGAGUUUUGGCACAACUCGAGGAAGAACGUGACCUGAAACUUACUGUUAUCAUAAUUGCCUUCCAGGCCCAGGCACGUGGCUUUCUGGGCAGAAAGGCAUUCAGCAAGAGACAAAAACAGCUGAUAGCCAUGAAAGUGCUUCAGAGGAACUGCGCUGUGUAUCUUACCCUCAGGAACUGGCAGUGGUGGAGACUUUUCACUAAAGUCAAACCCCUGCUUCAAGUGACCCGUCAAGAAGAGGAGAUGAGCCAAAAGGAGGAGGAGCUUCAGAAAGCCAAAGAAAUGGCCAAGAAGUCUGAAACUGAACUAAAAGAGAUCAUAGAUAAACACAACCAGUUGGUGGAGGAGAGGAAACAAUUACAGGCAAAGCUGCAGGAGGAGACAGAGUUGUAUGCAGAAUCUGAGGAGGUAAGGAUACAGCUGGAGACCAAGAAGCAAGAGCUGGAGGAGGUACUGCAUGAGAUGGAGGCUCGGCUUGAGGAAGAGGAGGAGCGCAGCCAGAUCCUUCAGCAAGAGAAGACAAACAUACAGAAACAGCUCAAGGAUUUAGAGAACCAGUUGGCAGAUGAAGAAAAUGCCAGACAGAAGCUCCAAUUUGAAAAGGCAACCGUGGAUGGGAAGAUUAAGAAGCUAGAGGAUGAUAUCCUCAUCAUGGAUGAUCAAAACAAAAAGUUGCAGAGGGAGAAGCAACAGUUGGAAGAGCGGUUAGCUGACUUUUGCUCCAACCUUGCUGAGGAGGAAGAAAAAUCAAAAAAUUUGACUAAACUGAAAAAUAAACACGAAUCUAUGAUUUCAGAUCUUGAAGUUCGAAUGAGGAAGGAAGAGAAGAGUCAUCAGGAUCUGGAGAAAUCUAAACGUAAAUUGGAGACUGAGUAUAAUGAUCUACAGGAGCAGAUAACUGACCUGCAGGCCCAGAUUGCAGAACUCAAGGCCCACUUUGCCAAGAAGGAAGUGGAGAUUCAGGAUCUCCAAGCAUGUGUGGAAGAAGAAUCGGCUCAAAAGAUCAUUGCUCAAAAGAAGAUACAGGAAAUGGAAGGGCUUCUCUCAGAGAUUCAAGAUGAACUUGAAGCUGAACAGGAGAACUGUAGGAAGUCAGAAAAAGCCAAGAAGGGUCUUGAAGAAGAGCUUUCUGCCCUAAGGUCUGAACUGGAGGACACACUAGAUAACACAGCGGCCCAGCAAGAGCUCCGGGCUAAGAGAGAGCAGGAGGUAGCCAUGCUGAAGAAGAUGAUGGAAGAUGAAGGCCGGAGCCAUGAGGCUCAAGUGCAGAACAUGAGACAAAAAAACAUGCAGGCUAUAAAUGAGCUUAGUCAGCAGCUAGAGCAAUCCAAACGGGCUAAGGCCAAUCUGGAGAAGGCAAAACAGUCUCUUGAGAAGGAAGUUGCAGAAAUGAAUGGAGAGCUCCACUCACUGGGUAAUGCAAAGCAAGAUGUGGAACAGAAGAGAAAGAAGGUGGAAAACAAGCUUGCAGACCUUCAAACUCGCUUCAAUGAGAGUGAGAGGCAGAGAGGAGAGCUUGGAGAAACAGUAUCUAAACUGAAUAUGGAGCUUAACAGUGCCAACAGCCUCCUCAGUGAGGCAGAGAGCAAGAACAUCAAGCUGAGUAAAGAUGUUUCCAGCCUCAACUCACAGCUACAAGAUGCUCAGGAGUUACUUGGUGAAGAGACCCGUCAGAAACUGAGUGUUUCGACUCGGUUACAUCAAACGGAGGAUGAUCGAAACAGUCUGCUGGAACAAUUGGAGGAAGAAGCAGAGGCCAGAAGGAACGUGGAGAGAGAGGUCUCCAGCCUUAAUACACAGUUGUCAGAUGCGAAGAAGAAAAUGGAUGAGUACUCUGGCAAUCUUCAACUGCUUGAAGAAUGCAAGAAACGGCUGCAGAGGGAACUAGAGGCCGCAAACGGAGAGUUGGAGGAGAAAACAGUAGCCUAUGACAAGUUGGAGAAGACUAAGACUCAUCUUCAGCGAGAGUUGGAGGAUGUUCUGGUGGACCUGGAUAACCAGAGACAGCUAGUUUCAAAUCUCGAGAAGAAACAACGGAAAUUUGACCAGAUGCUUGCUGAAGAGAAGACCAUCUCCAGCAAGUAUGCUGAGGAGCGCGACUGUGCCGAGACCGAGGCACGGGAGAAGGAGACCAAAUGUCUGGUCCUCACUCGAGCACUGGAAGAAGCCCAGAGCUCCUUACGAGAGUUAGAGAAACUCAAUAAAGCACUUCGCACUGAGAUGGAAGAUCUGACCAAUUUAAAGGGUGAUGUGGGCAGAAAUAUCCAUGAGCUGGAAAAGGCCAAACGUGGGCUGGAGGCUCAAGUGGAAGAGAUGCAGAUUCAGAUAGAGGAACUUGAAGAUGAAUUGCAGACUGCAGAGGAUGCUAAACUCCAUCUUGAAGUCAAUAUGCAGGCCCUCAAAGUCCAGUUUCAGAGAAACCAGCAGGGCAGAGAGGAGCAAAGUGAAGAGAAGAGGAAACAAUUGCUUAAGCAGGUACGUGAGCUUGAGACUGAGCUAGAAGAUGAGCAGAAGCUGAGAAAUUCAUUGGCAGCCGUUAAGAAGAAACUUGAGGGGGAAUUGAAGGACCUUGAAGACCAAGUUGACGCAAUCGGAAGGGCUAGGGAUGAAGCCAUUAAACAGCUCCGCAAGACUCAGGCUCAGAUGAAAGAUUCCCACAGGGAGCUGGAGGACACACGGGCAUCCCACAAGGAGGUUCUUUCGAGUGCUCAAAAAUGUGACAGAAAGGCCAGAAACAUGGAGGUGGAAAUCAUACAUUUACAGGAGGAGCUGGCUGCAGCAGAGAGAGCUCGCAAACAGGCAGAACAAGAGAGGGAUGAGUUGGCAGCGGAGAUGACAAGUGGCUCGUUUGGAAAAUCCGGCAUGUCUGAUGAGAGGCGUCGUCUGGAUGCCAAGAUCCAGCAGUUAGAAGAGGAGCUUGACGAGGAAAAGACAAACUCUGAGACACUUAGUGACAGACUGCGGAGAAGUGUGCAGCAGGUGGAUCAGCUGACCAAUGAUCUGCAGAUAGAACGCUCCAAUGCUCAGAUAAACGAGAGUGGCUGGCAGCAGAUGGAGAGGCAGAACAAAGAGCUGAGGGCCAAGUUACAAGAGAUGGAGGGGCAGGUCAAAUCCAAGCUACAAAUCUCUAUAGCCACCUUAGAAUCCAAACUGCAUCAGGUGGAGGACCAACUGGACCAUGAGAGCAGAGAGAGACAAGCAAUUGCCAAGGCCAUGCGCCAGAAGGAUAAGCAACUGAAGGAACUGACGAAUCAGAUAGAGGAUGAGCGAAAACAGACAGAGCAGUUUAAGGACCAGGCUGAGAAAGCAAAUUUGCGUGCGAGGCAGCUCAAGAUGCAGGUGGAGGAAAGUGAUGAGGAGUCUCAGCGUGCGACUGCUGCCCGUCGCAAACUUCAGAAAGAGCUGAACGAGGCCACGGAGGCUAAUGACACUCUGAGCAGAGAGGUUUCCUCACUCAAGAGCAAACUCAGGCGUGGAAGUGACUCAUCUUUCAGCACCCCAUUAAGGCGUGGUGGAGGUGGGAGCUUUAGAAGAACACGUAGGAGCAUGAUUGAGAGUUCUGAGGUCCCAGGAGAUGAGGUUUCUUCAGCUACACCUGUGAAUCAACCUGAGAAACCUCAAAGAGUGCCAAUCAGUGGCACCCAAAAUGACAACUAAGGAAAUAAUACCCUAAAGCCCCGUCUCACAGCCUUUCACUAUCUUUUUUGCUAUAUUUAAUGACUAUUUAUAAUGACUAUAUACACCGAUCAGCCACAACAUUAAAACCACCUGCCUAAUUUGUGUAGGUCCCCUCGUGCCACCAAAACAGCGCCAACCCACAUCUCAGAAUAGCAUUCUGAGAUGCUAUUCUUCACACCACAUUUGUACAGAGUGGUUAUCUGAGUUUAUUUUUGGCACCAUUCUGAGUAAAUUCUAAAAUUCUAAAGACUGUUGUGUGUGAAAAUCCCAGGAGAUCAGCAGUUAGAGAAAUACUCAAACCAGCCCAUCUGGCACCAAAAAUCAUCCAUGUGAUACCAUGCAGAUGUCAGAAUGGGGAAAAAAUGUGAUCUCAGUGAUUUGGACAGUGGCAUGAUUGUUGGUGCCAGAUGGGCUGGUUUGAGUAUUUCUGUAACUGAUUUCCUGGGUUUUUCACGCACAACAAUCUCUAGAAUUUACUCUGAAUGGUGCCAAAAACAAAAAUCAUCCAGUGAGCGGCAGUUCUGUUGAUGGAAAUACCUUGUUAAUGAGAGAGGUCAACAGAGAAUGGCCAGACUGGUUCAAACUGACGAAGUCUACGGUAACUCAGAUAAUCACUCUGUACAAUUGUGGUGAGAAGAAUAUAAUCUCAGAAUGCUAUUUUGAGAUGCGGGUUGCCGCUGUUUUGGUGGCAUGAGGGGGACCUACACAAUAUUAGGCAGGUGGUUUUAAUGUUGUGGCUGAUCAGUGUAUAUUCUAUAUACAAAAGGCAAUAUUUUAAAAUACUAGACGUAAUAUUUUAGAAAUGUAAACUCAUUUUCAGAAUUUUCUAUACUGAAUCUUGACCAUCUCCUCAAAUGGUAGAUUGGUACAUAAGCCUAUCCUUCACUAAUUUAUUCAAAUUGACUUUAUUCAAACUGACUGGUGUGUAGAGUCAGUUUCACAAGCAACCAAAUUUCACUAAGAGUACCAUGGUAUCACCAUAGCUUUUGGACAUGUACCAUGUACAAAGUAGCUUGGAACAUGAAUUUGAUAAUCUUUCAGUACAGCAAUAUACUGUAUAUCAGUAUCACAAAGUGGUUAAACAUCACUGUACCAUGGUACUUUUUGGUAAGGGAUGCUUUGACAACAGUGAAAGCAUGAUUUCAGUUUGUCAAAUAUUGUUUCUUAAUCAUUUUCUAUAAUUAAGUUUUUAUGGGGCAUUUUCUUGACUAAACUUAAUUUCUGAUUCUACAUGCAGUGCAGUGCUAGCUGUGCCUUGCCUGUGAUACAGAUUCAAAUCUGAAUAACAUUUAAGAAAUAAAAAUAAAUGUUCAUAACCAAG